GUUUUGUCUGUCUCAAAUUCUGCUUUUCUAGGCGCCAGUGAUCGAAAUGCCCAAAGUUCGAGCUGAGAAAAAGUCCCGUGUCCAUAAGGAUGCGGUCAAACAAGGAAUUGUAUUCAACAAAGACUUCGGUCAGCAUAUCUUGAAAAACCCUUUAAUCGUCACAUCUAUGCUUGAGAAGGCAGCGCUUCGACCAACUGAUGUGGUUCUGGAAAUUGGUCCUGGUACUGGUAACAUGACGGUAAAGAUUUUGGAGAAGGUUAAAAAAGUGAUCGCUUGCGAAAUUGACCCUCGUUUGGUAGCCGAGUUGCAAAAACGAGUGCAAGGAACGCCAAUGCAAUCGAAGCUGCAAAUUAUGAUCGGUGACGUCCUCAAAGCAGAUCUACCGUUUUUCGAUGCGUGCGUUGCCAACAUGCCUUAUCAGAUUAGUUCUCCGUUCGUGUUUAAAUUGCUCCUGCAUCGCCCGUUUUUCCGAUGUGCUGUGCUGAUGUUCCAACAGGAGUUCGCUCAGCGGUUAGUGGCGAAACCGGGUGACAAAUUGUACUGUCGCUUGAGUGUCAACACACAGCUUUUAGCCCGAGUGGACAUGCUAAUGAAAGUAGGAAAGAACAACUUCCGACCGCCACCUAAAGUGGAGUCCAGUGUCGUACGUAUUGAACCCCGCAAUCCUCCACCACCGAUAAACUACACCGAGUGGGAUGGCCUUACGCGGAUAGCUUUUCUACGGAAGAACAAAACAUUGGCGGCUGCCUUCAAACAAACGACCGUUCUAACGACUUUGGAGCAGAACUAUAAAAUGCACUGCUCGUUGAAGAACAUUGAUGUACCGGAAGGGUUUAGCAUUAAGGAUAUGGUGGAAAACAUUUUGGCCAAGGAGGAUGCUGGUAGUAAACGUGCAAGAACGAUGGAUAUUGACGAUUUCAUGAAUAUUCUUCGUGCUUUCAACGAGGAGGGAAUUCAUUUCCGAUAAAUAUGUGUAUAAUUUUUUUUUUCAAAGAUAUAAUACAUUAUCUUGUUAAACA